AUGGGGAAAUCACCAGGAAAAUGGAUUAAAACUGUACUAUUUGGGAAAAAGUCGUCCAAAUCAAAUAAUCCGAAGGGAAGAGAGAAGGUUGUUAAUAAAAGAGAAGCAGUGGUUGCUUCCGAUGUGUUGGAAAAUGGUUUGGCCUUAGAACCAAACCACAAUGAGAUUGUUACAAAUGAGGAGGACCUUGAACUGGAGAAUGAAGAAUCAGAAAUUAUUUUACCUGAGAAUCAAGAAAGAGAAAAUAUGGGAUCGGUUGAUGCAGAUGCACCACCUGAUCCAGAGAAAAUCAGGCAGGAGGUAGCAGCAAUAAAGGCACAAGCCGCUUUCAGGGGUUACUUGGCUCGCAGGGCAUUUAGAGCUCUAAAAGGCAUAAUAAGGUUGCAAGCACUUAUUCGUGGGCACUUGGUGAGGAGACAAGCUAUUGUUACAUUAUGCUGUAUGUAUGGGAUUGUAAAGUUUCAAGCACUUUCCCGGGGAGGAAGGAUUAGACAGUCUAAUGUUGGAUUUGAAAUCCAUGAGAAGUGCAGUCUUUUUAAGCCUCUGGAGGGCAAACUUGGUGAGCCAGUUGUUAUUUCCACAAAAAUUUCAAAGUUGUCUCCAAAUACUUUCAUCCGUAAGCUUCUUGCUUCAUCAAUUACGAUAAUGGCCCUGCGCUUGCAAUAUGUUAGUGGAGAUCCAAAUUCAGUCUUAAGCUGGUUGGAGCGCUGGUCAGCAUCUUACUUUUGGAAACCAGUUCCCCAACCUAAGAAAAUUCGAGACUUAAAAUCUCAGAAAAAGCAGGGUAAUAUUUCAAACGGAGAAGUUCAAAUUUCCAAGUCAAGACGCACUAACAGGAAGCUUCCUAUUGCAAGUCUUGAACCAGUCCUAGUGCAAACAAAUCCUGAAUUUGAGAAACCAAAACGUAAUUUCAGGAAAACACCAUACCAAGUGUCAGAUCCAGAGCAAGAAAAUCCACAAAGUGAGCUUGAAAAGGUUAAACGUAACUUGAGAAAGAUUCAUAACCCUGUUGUUGAGAAUGCUGUUCAGCCAGAAGUUGAAUGUGAGACUCCAAAGCAGCAUUUAGAAAUUGCAACAGUUAUUCCAGGUCAUGCUGUUACUGAACAACCGAUAAUUACUUCUGAUGAAAAGAUCAAGAAAGAAGAAACUCUGACCAUCUCCAAUGUGCCUGAUGUCGAAAUUACUCGAAGACCAUCAGUUAAUAAGGAAGUGUCUGACAUUCCAAACAGUUAUGAAGUGUCUGUAGAAUCUAAACUCUUGUCAGAGACCACAACUAAAGAUAGAACGACUUCGCACGAUGAAGUUAAAAAUGAGCUAGGCAAUCUGUCAGAGGCUAUUUUUAAGGAAGAGAAAUCCCUAUUAACAAAUGGAGAUUUGAGUCAUAAAGAUUUGACAGUUAAUGAAAACCAGAAACCUACCCGGAAAGCUACGAAUUUGACAAAACAAGAGAAUGGAGAAGAUGACUUAAAGAAUAGUCCAAAGGUACCAAGUUAUAUGGCAGCAACUGAAUCGGCCAAGGCAAAGUUGAGGGCACAAGGGUCUCCAAGGUUUGAGCAAGAUGGAAUUGAGAAAAACAACACUGCUGGUUCUGGGAGACAUUCUCUGCCAUCUUUAACUAACAACAAGAUUAGUUCGCAUUCACCUAGAACACAGAGAUCAGUUCAAGCAGGUGGCAAAGGGGGCAACAAAAGUGACAGAUCAAUGCCAUCUUCUAAAGGAGGAAAUGGGAAAGUAAUUCAAGCAGAGUGGAGGAGGUGA